GCCGCGGCGCCCACGGCCAGCACGCUGCCAUGCCUCCUCCCUUCUUCCACACACAACACAAGGAGGGGAGGGAGGCCGAGGCCGAGGCCGACAGCCCCCCGUCUCUCUCUCGCAGACGCGGCCGCGCGGUGAAACCAAAAAUAUCCCCCGCGGUUAACAGCUCACCUCGCCGGUAGAUCUCCCCCUCCUCCUCCUGCUCCUGCGACGCCUUCCUUUCUCGAAGCCCCCAAUUUAUUCCCUUCCCCGUAAUCCCGCACGCAUCCUUGCCGAAGCCAAAUUGGCACUCCUCUUAUCUCGCCGCGCCGCCACCGCUCCAUUUCCGCUCUCCCCCAAAACCUCGAAACCCUACUCGCGGGAUUCCGCGGGGCCGCCGCUUGCUUAGGGUUCAUCCACCCCGCGGCGUCAGCUCCGGGUCCGCAUCCAUGGCCGUGGAGGAGGCGAGCAGCAGCGGCGGUGGCGGCGAGGAGGGGUGCGGGGCGUGGACCCGCGAGCAGGAGAAGGCGUUCGAGAACGCGGUGGCGACGACGAUGGGCGGCGAGGAGGACGGGGACGCGAGGUGGGAGAAGCUAGCGGAGGCCGUCGAGGGGAAGACGCCGGAGGAGGUCAGGCGGCACUACGAGCUGCUGGUGGAGGACGUCGACGGCAUCGAGUCGGGCCGCGUGCCGCUUCCGACGUACGCGGCUGACGGCGCCGCCGAGGAAGGGGGUGGCGGCGGCGGCGGCGGGAAGAAGGGAGGUGGGGGAGGAGGGACCCACGGGGACAAGGGGUCGGCGAAGUCGGCCGAGCAGGAGCGCAGGAAGGGCAUCGCCUGGACAGAGGACGAGCACAGAUUGUUCCUCCUUGGACUUGAAAAGUAUGGCAAAGGUGACUGGCGGAGCAUCUCACGUAACUUUGUGAUCUCAAGGACUCCAACUCAAGUAGCUAGUCAUGCACAGAAGUACUUUAUCCGUCUGAACUCAAUGAACAGAGAGAGGCGGCGAUCAAGUAUACAUGACAUCACCAGUGUGAACAAUGGAGAUGCAUCAACGGCACAGGGUCCAAUCACAGGUCAAACAAAUGGUCAGGCUGCAAAUCCUGGGAAACCAUCUAAGCAAUCCCCACAGCCAGCGAAUACACCUCCAGGCGUCGAUGCUUAUGGCACAACAAUUGGACAGCCAGUUGGUGGCCCUCUUGUCUCAGCUGUUGGAACUCCUGUUACACUACCUGUUUCUGCUCCACCUCAUCUGGCCUAUGGCAUGCAUGCCCCGGUUCCAGGAGCCGUAGUACCUGGUGCUCCAGUAAACAUUGCUCCGAUGCCCUAUCCAAUGCCACCCCCAUCAUCUCAUGGGUGAGGGACACAUUUCAAAUGCUGUGUGGCGUCUAAAGAAACGACACCCAUAAUCUCCUGUGUCAGCGUUUAGCGGGUGUGCUGCCAUGUCUCAAUAAAGCAAUACCAAUAAACCCUUGUACAUUACAAACUGUUAUUACAUGUUGCAUUGAGGACAUUGCAGAUUAUGUACUUUGUGUUGCAUGCAAACUUUUUCAUGUACACCUGCUCCAAAACCAAGUGUUUCAGGACUGGUGCUGCCAAGUUUCUCGGUGUGGCAGUGUUUCAGGCUAGAUGGAGCUUGUGCUUCAUCUAUGAUUUGUAGCUGUAUACCAGCUGCAACAAGAGUAAGAUACACCGCCUGUUUCUGAUAUCCA